AUGCCCUCCGCAGACUUCGUCGCCGCCCAGCAACGCAUAGCAGCCCGCCGCGCUCAACGCGCGCUUCAACAACGGAAUCAUCAUGAACCUCCGCCAUCAACCGCGCAACGCGCCCUCUCGCGCCUCCCCUUCCCCUUCAGCAGCCUCUCCACCACUGGAUUCAGUAUCUGGGACGCGAUAAAAGGCCGAUCGGGAACACGACCAGAGUUCCGCGUCGGCCAAGUCGAUGCCGAACUCCUCGAUGAAGAACUCCUUACAUUGAUGAAGGAUCAAGUCGGCGAAGGCCUGAAAUACUUUGGAAGUCAUAUUACAGACCAUUACUCGGCUGAAAUACUACUGGCUCUGAGAGCUAUGCUAUGGAAACUGAGUAUCUGGGAUCAGAAUGCCAGUUAUGGCGCGCAUCUACAGGGGCUGAGGUAUACGGAUGCGCGGAGUAGUGCGCCGAAUCGCCCGCCGCCCAAGCCAUGGCAAAAGGUCGCCUAUGGGGCUGUCACAGUGGGGGGGAGGUAUGCGUGGACCAAGUGGGAAGAGUACCUUCUAUCCGCGUCAGAAGACUACACCAGGCCCGAGAGUGCGAGAUUGAAGGUUCUGGGGCGGUUGAGCGAACUGGCAGGGAAUGCGCACGACGUCCUCGGCCUUGCCAGCUUUCUCGUCUUCCUCGUCGACGGCCGCUAUAGGACCAUAACAGAUCGCCUGCUCCGUCUACGCCUGACACCCACCUCACACUCAACAUCACGCGAAGUCAGUUUCGAAUACCUCAACCGCCAACUCGUAUGGCAUGCCUUCACCGAGUUCCUCCUCUUCCUCCUCCCACUCGUCGGCAUCUCUCGCUGGCGUCGCAUCCUAAGCCGCACAUUCAAGAAACUGCGAACAACAGUACUCUCUCUACUCGGCCGCUCAAAGCCCAACAACGAGGAAGGAGAUGAAGAGGCCAAGGCUGCCGGUGAACUAGGUUUCCUACCCGAACGCACCUGCGCAAUCUGCUACCGCGACCAAAACCCAACCACAACCAGCGAAGCCGACAUCCUCACCUCCUCAGCCGGUGGCGGCGGCGUCGUCGGCUCCGCAACAACAGACAUCACCAACCCUUACGAAGCCAUCCCAUGCGGCUGCAUAUACUGUUUCGCAUGCAUCGCGCAACGCAUCGCAAACGAAGAAGGCGAAGGUUGGACAUGUCUACGCUGUGGCGAGACAGUCAAGGAAUGCCGACCUUGGAACGGCGAUAUCAUCGAGGAGCAACCCCGUCGGGUAGAGCAUACCGAAGUGCAUGAACGACCCAGUACAGCCAAGUCUGUUGGUUUUGCUACCGGUCACAACGACCAUGACAAUGAGCUAGAUGAGAAGGCUUUGCUGAGGGAAGUCGAUCCCAUGCCAGAGCAAGAAGACGUUACAGAUGUAACGCAAGAGGAAGAAGGUAUCAUGGGAACGACUCAGACGCGCGGUCUGGAUCUAAGUGAGUCGUUGUUUACCGAGAGCUCCGAGUGGGCACGUGCUAGUGAGGAUCGGAGCAGCGACGACGAGCAGAGUGAAGAAUAUGACGAGGAUGAGGAAGAGGAGGGUGAGGAAUUGGGGUUUUAUGACCAAUAA